AACAAACACGGAUAUACCAAAUGCUUGGCUGAGGAGCUUUGAGUUGUGUGUCAUAAAACUGUUCCCUUUUACAGAUUAAUGUGAACAUAGCCGAUGGUAUUCCCAACCUAUGGCAUCACUUUGUCUAAACUCAUUACCAGUUCCACCAUCCUCUCACCCUCGCAAGCUCACUGAAACUUCUCUUUCUUCUUCUUCUUCUUUGCUUCUUGAUAACAACAAUGAUCAUAGCACAGCAAGUGCCUUCAAACCAAUUGUUGUCAGUGGAGACCCCCCAACUUUUGUUUCUGCCCCUGGUCGCAGAAUUCUCGCUGUUGGGGAUCUACAUGGAGAUCUUAAGCAAGCGAGAUCUGCACUUGAAAUGGCUGGUGUAUUGAGCUCCGAUGGUCAAAAUUUAUGGACUGGUGGAGAAACUGUGUUGAUUCAACUUGGAGAUAUACUAGAUCGAGGUGAAGAUGAAAUUGCCAUCUUGUCCUUGCUGCGAUCAUUGGAUAAACAGGCUAAAGCACAAGGUGGAGCUGUGUUUCAGGUAAAUGGAAACCAUGAGACCAUGAACGUUGAAGGGGAUUUCAGAUAUGUUGAAUCCGGGGGGUUUGAUGAAUGUGAUGAUUUCUUGGAAUACAUCAAUAAUUCUGAAGAUGACUGGGAAGAAACUUUUACUGGUUGGGUUGAUGUCUCUGAAAGGUGGAAAGAAGAUCGAACAAUGUCAAGAAGUUAUUGGGGUCCUUGGAAUGUAGUGAAGAGGCAAAAGGCAGUCAUUGCCAGAUCAAUCCUCUUUAGGCCUGGUGGGCCACUGGCAUGCGAGCUUGCAAGGCACGCUGUUGCACUUAAGGUCAAUGACUGGGUCUUCUGCCAUGGUGGCCUUCUUCCUCACCAUGUUGCAUAUGGUAUAGAAAGGAUGAACAAAGAAGUGUCUGAGUGGAUGAGAGGUCUGAGUGAAAAUGACGGUACCCUCGAUAUUCCUUUCAUUGCCACUAGGGGCUAUGAUAGUGUUGUUUGGAACCGUUUGUACUCAAGAGACACACCAGAUUUGGUGGACUUUCAGGCUAAUCAGGUAUGUUCCAUUCUUGAGGAGACGCUGCAAGCAAUUGGUGCUAAGGCAAUGGUGGUCGGGCAUACUCCUCAAACUAUAGGUGUAAAUUGUAAAUACAAUUGUAGCAUAUGGCGUGUAGAUGUUGGAAUGUCCAGUGGAGUUCUUAAUUCUAAACCAGAGGUUCUAGAAAUUAUAGACAAUAAAGCAAGAGUUAUAAGGAGCAAAAGAGACAGAUACGGUGAACUUCAGGCUACGGCAUAUACUUAAGAGACAAGAAAAUGAGAUAAGAUUUAACAGGAAGUAUGACAUCCACCUAGUGAACAUGGGCAAAUUUAUUCAAUAUCCAUUGAUCUAUUAUAGUCACUUAUUAGUUGCCGGCUUCACAUAGGACUUGUCAAGACUGGAACAGUGCACUAAUUUAGGCAAUUCAAAUGAAUUUGUAUCACAUAUCAUUCUAGUGAUACUGUUUCAUGGCUUAUUUAUGUACUGAAAGAAGAGAGGGGGGGGGGGGGGGGGUGAGAGAAAUUCAAAGCCAGAUAUGUUUGCAGUUAAUUGUAGCAUCUGCUUGUGGCCUAAAAGCAAGGUGAAAAUAGGAUGUCAAAGGAGAGGGGAAAAAAAGUAAGAAGGAGGACCGUAAAUAAUCAAAAUAUUGUAAUUCUGACUAAGUUGCCAAUACAUUAACCGGUCCUAGCCUAUAUUGCUCGUUUGUUUGUGCUGAUCAACUAUAUCGGACUGCAUAAU